GAACUUCUCAGUAGAAAACCAAAAAAUUGGCUCAUUUCAGACAUAGAAAAAAGCCCUUCGCCGAUGCACGGUUGCAUCGACUUACGUCUUCAUCCAUCAGAAAAUUCGAAAAGUAAUGACAAAAGUGAUGAUCAAACGGAACAAGAACCCUUUAGUGCGGAAGUUAGAAGUGUUGAUGCUGAUGAUUCGAAGUCGUGUCCUGAAAUAGUUGAUUGUGAAAAACGGGAAGACAGCAACGAGGAUAACGGUUGUGAUGAUGAGAACAGCGAUAACAAAAUUUAUAUAAUAGAUUCCAAAGACGAUUCCAAUCCGGAGGAUGUAUCUUCAAUAUCAAGACACUCAUCCCCAUUAUUAAAUUCAUCAAAAUCGACGACAAAGCAGCGAAGAUCGAGAACCAAUUUUACCUUAGAACAGCUCAAUGAAUUAGAAAGAUUGUUCGACGAGACACAUUAUCCAGAUGCCUUUAUGAGAGAGGAACUUAGUCAAAGAUUAGGACUUAGCGAAGCAAGAGUACAAGUUUGGUUUCAAAAUCGGAGAGCUAAAUGCAGAAAACAUGAAAAUCAGAUGCAAAAAGGUAUUAUGAUGAGCAACUCCAACCCUCCCUCCAGUACGCCACUAGAACCUUGCAGAGUAAUUCCGUACAUGAACGUGCCUGCAUUACGAGGUCUUUCACUAGGUUCUGGAUCUGUGGGACUGUCAAACUACGAGAGACUUUCGUCAACGUCCUUUUCGCAACAUGGCACUGCGUUUUCUGCUAUUAAUUCGGCAUUUAUUAGCGCUGCGCAUCAGUAUGCAGCUGCAGUAGCAGUAGGUGGAAAUCCGGCUAGUAUACUGUGCCCUCAAUACCCCUUGGAGUUUGCUGCUUUAGCUGUGGCUCACAAGAAUUCCAGUAUUGCGGAUUUGAGGUUGAAAGCGAAAAAGCAUGCGGAAGCAUUGGGCUUAUCUGCGCGUGAAAAAUCUCAGAACUAGUUUUUAGCUUUAAUUUUUUGUUAUUAUUGUUCAACUGUGUUCGUAAUUAAGUAUAGUAUUAAUUUAUUUGAUUAAUAAUUUCGAGACGAGCUGUCUUGUUCAGUAGUAAAAAUGCUAAUUUUUUGUUUACUAUCUAUCAAAAUUUUUUUAGUUUACAAAA